AUGAAUCGAUCUAUGAUUCUUUCCCUCCUCCUUUGUCACCUGCUUUUCCCCGCCGCCCCGUCGUGCCGCCGCGUUGCCACCGCCUCUGGAAGCGGCCGGUGGACUCUCCUCCAAAAUAGCAUCGGCAUAACCGCGAUGCACAUGCAACUUCUCAAUAACGACCGCGUCAUCAUCUUCGACCGGACCGACUUCGGCCACUCAAACCUCUCCCUGCCGCUCGGAAAAUGCCGCCGCGACGCCGCCGACAUGUCCCUCCGGGUCGACUGCACCGCCCACUCCGUCAAGUAUGACAUCGAGUCCAACACUUUCAGGCCCCUCACGGUCCAAACUGACAUCUGGUGCUCCUCCGGCUCCGUCGCACCCGACGGCCGCCUGGUUCAGGCCGGCGGGUUCAACGACGGCGAACGAAGGGUCAGAAUUUUUCGACCGUGCUUUAAUACUAAUUGUGAUUGGGAAGAAAUUGAAAAUGGACUUGCAUUAAGAAGAUGGUACGCCACCAGUCACGUGCUGCCGGACGGGAGCCAGAUCAUCGUCGGCGGCCGGCGAGAAUUCAGCUACGAGUUUUUGCCGAAAAGGGAUUUUUCCCAAAGUGCUUAUUUCUUAAGAUUUCUAGUGGAAACAUUUGACCCCAAAACGGAAAAUAAUCUUUACCCAUUUGCUCUCCUCAACGUCGAUGGCAAUCUGUUUAUUUUCGCCAACAAUCGGGCUAUUUUGUUCGACUACAAAAGCAGCGUCGUAGUGAGGAAUUUCCCGGAAAUUCCCGGCGGCGACCCAAGGAAUUAUCCGAGCACCGGCUCGGCGGUUCUGCUGCCGUUGAAGAACUUACGUGGACUUUCCGUCGAAGCUGAGGUUUUGGUUUGUGGGGGCGCCCCUAGAGGCUCUUUCUUUCAAGCACAAACUGGGGUUUUCGUGGGUGCUCUUAACACGUGUGGAAGAAUCAAAAUAACCGACCCGUCACCUACCUGGGUCAUGGAGACCAUGCCAGUCGCCCGGGUCAUGGGCGACAUGAUACUGCUUCCAAACGGGGACGUUUUGAUCGUUAACGGUGCGUCUGCUGGUACUGCCGGGUGGCAAAAUGCUCGGGACCCGGUUUUGAUGCCGGUCAUUUAUCGACCCGAUAACCCAGAAGGUACCCGGUUUGAGCCCCAAAAUCCAACAACCAUACCACGGAUGUACCAUUCAAGUGCGAUUCUACUUCGUGACGGGCGGGUCCUCGUUGGGGGAAGCAACCCGAAUAUCGGGUAUACCUUCACGGAUGUUCCUUUCCCAACAGAGUUAAGCUUGGAGGCGUUUUUGCCUCCAUAUCUUGAUUCCGGGUCUUCGGAUUUACGCCCAAAAAUAUGGUGGCCCGGGUCUCAUGACAAGUUUGGGUACGGGCAGCUGUUUGCAGUUCGGUUCUCCAUUUCGGGUGGAUCAUUGGAUCAAAACUCGAUUUCGGUUACGAUGGUGGCGCCAUCAUUUACCACGCAUUCGUUUGCUAUGAGUCAAAGACUGCUGAUGCUUUAUUGGUGCAAUGCAACGGCAGUGGCAAAUUCGACAUUUGAGCUUCGGGUUAUGACACCGGGUUCGGGUAAUCUUGCCCCGCCCGGAUAUUAUAUUUUGUUUUUGAUCCAUCAGGGGAUACCCGGGGAAGGCGUUUGGGUCCAAAUUCAGUAA